CUGUUAAAAACAUAUAUGCCUACAAAAUACAUUUUCAUUUUCGUAACUUCCUUUUCUGUUGCUUGCAUUUUGCAUUUGAUCAAAUCUGUGGAUUCGAAUUAUAUAUACAAACUUUCAGAAAAUCAAAAUCCUAUCAUGGAUUUAGUUGCCAAAGUUAGCUAACCGCAUUACUAAAACAGCUGCAUGAAAUUUAGAAAUGCUGUGUAAAAAAUGGUAACAAAUCAUUUAGAUCUACCCCUCUGUUUUGUCUCAUUAGACAUCCAUCCAAAAUCUCAUCCUUGGAGGAUAGAUCUCGAUCUUUCAUCUUUCACUGAAAAUUGCAAGUUCUUUACCGCUUGAGAAGAGCAACGUGGCACAAUACAAGCCAGAGUGGCCUGGGUCUCCUGGUUUGCCACGGAACUGGUUAAAAGUUGAACCCUAUUGGCUGUUUAUCUUUUCGAGAAACUGAAAAAACAGACCAAAAGAGACCAGGAAGUAGCUCUCAAACUACAACGAAUCAAAUAAAAGAAUGGAGGAGAAAAAUUCUGAUAGAAUCCCUCUGGUCAAUCCACCACCAUCGACAGCAACAGAAGGAAGUGCAUCCAAACUUCAAACUAUAGGGAACAUCAUAGUUUCAAUAGUUGGAACCGGCGUUUUAGGCCUUCCUUUUGCUUUUCGGAUCGCCGGUUGGCUUGCUGGAUCACUCGGUGUUAUCAUUGCUGGUUUGGCUACUUUCUACUGCAUGCUCCUCCUUGUUCAGUGCAGGGAUAAAUUAGCAUCAGAAAAAAAAUUAACAGGGACAACAACAUAUGGUGACUUGGGUUACAGGUGCAUAGGAAGGCCAGGCCGUUACGUGACAGAAUUUCUCAUUUUAAUCUCCCAAUGUGGAGGAUCUGUAGCAUACUUGGUAUUCAUUGGACAAAACCUUGCAUCAGUUUUCAAUGGCCAUAGCUUCACUAUUGCAUCUUACAUAUUCUGGUUAGUCCCAAUUGAAAUUGCAUUGUCAUGGAUUGGAUCCCUCUCAGCCUUUGCACCAUUCAGCAUUUUCGCCGAUAUAUGCAAUGUGUUAGCAAUGGGGUUUGUUAUUAAAGAAGAUAUACAACAGGCAAUUGGGGGAGAUUUUUCAUUUAGAGAUAGGAAGGCCAUCACUGAUAACUUAGGGGGGUUGCCAUUCGCAGGAGGGAUGGCAGUGUUCUGUUUUGAGGGGUUUGGAAUGACACUGGCUCUGGAGGCAUCUAUGAAAGAGAGGAGGACAUUUUCUAAGGUGUUGGCCAUGGCUUUUACAUGGAUCACACUUGUAUAUGUUUUAUUUGGGAUUUUGGGCUACAUGGCUUAUGGUGAUGAAACAAAAGAUAUCAUAACGCUAAAUCUUCCCAAGAAUUGGACAGCUAUCACAGUCCAGAUUGGCUUGUGCCUGGGGCUAGUAUUUACAUUCCCAAUCAUGGUACACCCUGUUAAUGAAAUCUUGGAGGGGAAGUUGAAGAAAAAUAUAUGGUUCCAGAAUCUCCACAACAAUGAUGCUGAAACUUCAAUUACAAGAUUAGGAAAGUUAGGAACAUACAUCAGUAGGGCAGUUCUGGUAAUCGGUUUGGCAGUCUUGGCGUCAUACGUUCCAGGAUUUGGUGUAUUUGCCUCGCUUGUCGGGAGUACUGUGAGGGACAUUUUGGACUGCAUAAAGAUAUUGCUCUCCCCACUCACUCAAGCAUGGGGCAUCCACUUCAUGGAGAAAGCGACUUGCUUUUUUGGUAAAUUAGAUCACCCAAAGUGAAAGUGAACAUGAAAGGAGCAGGGGACAAUGAUUGUCAUUCUUUUUUUUUUUCACUACAAACAGAUGAAUUAAAAGAACGAGAUCAAAAAAGCUCAAGUCUCUUUUAUAAACGUAGCCAUGACGAACUCUCUUUUUUUUUGUUCAUUUAUGGCCACAAGUUGGGUUAUUCUUAGUAUCUUAUAAAGAUAUGUCACUAAAACAAAGAUAUUGCCGUGGGGAAGCUAUGCACUGUCUAAGGGAGUUGGUUGAUGCUUCGAUCCCACAAAAGAUAAGAAAAGAAACGUCGCUAGACAUAUAAAUAUUGACACUACACAUUUCAUUAAAUUGGAGAGAGAAUAACGGUGAACUGAUACUAUGCAUUAAAUUAUUAUAUCAGGAUUUUAGUUAAGAGCAUUGGGACAUGUAGUACACCAUUAACUUACUCCUCUCUCUGCCUAGUAUGGACAUUGAAGCAGUCCCUUUCACAUUUAUGCCUUAUCCCAAUUGCAGGAAUGCAACCUAGGUGAAAAUUUCCGGCUGGUUUCUAUGAAAAUCUAAAAAAAUUGAUAGGUGAAAAUGAUUGGUGGUGUUAACUAACUUACAUGGUAAAGGAUUCUGAUGAUGGUUUGUGCUGAGAACUAUGGGUUGAGUCCAGUUUCUACUAGAGAAUACAAAGAUGAAUGGAAAAGGCUUAGGCCAUUUGCAUAUUGUCCCAAUCAUUGAACUGCAGAGAAAAAUCACGAAUACUUAGUUUAUUAUCAAAUGGGGCUUAAAGAAAGCAGGAAAAAAAAAAAGAAGAGUUUCAAGGCAAUGGCUAGAGGAAAGCAAAUAUCAAAAUCAUGAGAGGUACAGAAGAGAUGCAACUUGGAGGUUGGAGCAGUGCAAGAAUAAAAAAUCCACCGGCAAAUGGGUUAAUCAGUCCAAAUGAAAAGCAUCCAUUGGCUAGACAUUAGUAUGUCGAAAUGAAAAGACUCCAAAACUUGUUUUUACCUUUAAGAAUAAACAUCAUCAGUUUUCAUUUUGAUUAAAAACAAUAAUAUUGCUUCUCUAAAAAGGAAAAUUUUACUCGGUUUUACUGUUUGUAGUGAUGAUCAAAGCUU